GAUGUCCGAAAAAGAGCUCACCAAGGGCGCCAAGAGGAUCCUGGACGAUACCGAAGAGAACACUUGCGGCUUCGCAUCCUUCUUCAUUUUGGAUCAAGAUGGCUAUGGCAAGAAGACCAAGGGAUCCAAUGUGGAGGUGCCCUGGCAUUUGGUGAGCUCCGAAGGUUGGACGGCAUGGACGGCAUCACGGUGUGGUGGACGUUCCACCAGGCGAUGAGAUUGUCAUGCAGGCUGAGUUGCCGGCGAAUCCGAUCUUCUACCUUCAGGUGUCGAAUGAGGAGGGCAACUACUUCUGGAGCCAGUGGUGGCUGGCCGACUCCAAGCGCUCCAAGACCAAUGCCAUUUGUGACUCAAUCCCCAAGGAUUGCCGUUUGAUUCACAAGGCCCUGGACGGCGACAAGGUGGAGUUCACGUGUGAGGCGCAAGUGCCUUUCCUGAAGGAUUCCAUGAGUCGCCUGGUGACCCUGACCUUCACCACCAAGGAGCAAAAAUUCGUGACAAAGGUGACCAAAGCUGUCUUGAAGAUGCCGAAAGCCUCGUGGGUAGAAUGGAAGCAGCAUCGUUUGCGCCUCUGGCGAGCCUCCAAGGUGUGGGGAGGCAAAGAUGAAGACGAUAAAGAUGACGAUGAGAAGAAGGAUGACAAAGACAAGAAGGAUGAUGCGUGAAGACUCGAGGCUUUCGAGGUUUCUCUUCCUCCAAAACCUCAUCGGCUGUCGCAAUUGCUCAUUCACAGAAAGGUCCGUCAUUUCCAAUUCGCCGAUUUUGGACGUUGCACCUCUGAGCGACGUCGAAAGCUGAACCGAGCUGUUGAUUCGAAAGCGGAGAUGAGACAAAGAAA